AUGGCUUUUUCGGAUUCAACGAUGAGCCUUCAUUCGCCGUCAUCAGGACGAAUUCGGGAACUGUCGAGACUGUACUCUUUCACCGGUACACCAUUGACUCCGGAAACCCAGUCAUCGCCAGGGCACUUCAGAAAUCGUGAUCGCAGCGUGUCCGAUACAGCCGCUUCUCUUACGUCGGAUAUAACUUUGAAAGCUCUCAACCAGCUCGGACUUUAUCGCUUCAACUGUACCCAUUCCUUCACCUGCCUAACACUCGAACAACGAAGACACAUUAUCGCGGAGGCCAGCAACUCCGUUUCAUAUGGGAAGGGGCGACAGAGUCGGGAUUCCGGCAUUGACUUUGGCGGAGACUCGGGAUCGGGGCUCUCUCUGAAUGCUGCGCUGCCUGCAAGUCGGGAUCAGUCCAGCGUGUUCGACAUCACUGACAGUACCGCCAAGGGAGAGUGCUGUAUCAUUCUCGACAUGAGCAAGGAUGAUUCUUUCAAGAGCCACCCCCAUGCUGCGCAAUGGCCCCAUAUGAGAUUCUUUGCCGAAGUACCAUUGUACGACCCCGAAAGAUACGUCCUUGGUACAUAUUGUAUCAUGGAUGAUAGCCCUCGUGCCGUCUUUGAUAAUGCAGACAUCGAGGCUUUACGCGGGAUUGCGGAGUCAAUUGCACAUCAUCUUUGGACUCAACACAAAUAUAGCAGGGCUUCGCGAAUGAUGAGCGGACUUUCGACAUUGGUACAAAGCCCCGGCGAUGAAAAGAACGAAUUUCAACGAAGAGGUAGUCAAGCGCACGUGAAUGUAUUAAGUGGGGGCAACCGUGACGAAGGAGGCACGUCCGGCGUUGUACCUCUUUUAUCACCGACUGGACGGUUAUCUGAUGCGCAAGAAGUCGACAGUGCCCCCAUUCCAACACCGGGCGAAGUAUCACCUUGCACUAUGCGACCACAGCCUUCAGAGGAUAACGAGGCAACUCCAACUGCACCUCCCCAGAAGCAGAAAGAGCCCGAAACGAAAUUCAACCUACCAUCACCUUUACCAUUCGGGGAAUUCAGCGACAGCAUCAACAGGGCCAAAACUACGGAGGAUAGUCGGAGAGCAAGUAGGCUGAUAUCGGUGUCUGAAGCGCCUACGGUUUCGCAACAGAUUUUGACCUUGUUCGCUCGCGCCAGCUCGCUGCUUAGAGAAUGCUUGGAUAUUGAAGGUGUUUUGUUUCUGGAUGCUUCUCGAUCUAAUACUCGAAGAAAUUCGUGCAUCAGCACAAGUAUGUCGGACACAAGCCAGGACACGACGCAUACCGAUACUUCUUCGCAUCCUCCACGAUCUCCCGGUUUGUCUUCUGAUAGUAUAUGGUCGAGUAACGUGGGAAGAUUGUGCGAUGUAUUAGGAUUCGACUUGGACGAGACGUCAGUCAAAAGUGCAAGCACCCCGGCGUUUGGAUUUACAGACGGUUUGAUAUACGACAUCAUCACCGCGUUUCCCCAUGGAGAAAUCUUUAAUGUCCAUGAGCAAGAGAGCCAGGAGGGGGAUGGCGAACCCGGAUUCCCAGGGUUUUCUGCUCGUAGUCAGCUAAUUUCGCAGCUCAGGAGUCGUUUUCCAAGCGCGGAAUCCAUUCUCUUCUUUCCGCUGUGGGAUUGGAACAAAUCCGGAUGGUUGGCUGCUUGCCUCUUGUGGUCAAGAGAAAGCGGACGUUUUAGUACUGAAGAGCUCGAUUACUUGAAGGCCUUCGGUAACUCGGUCGUCUCCCAAGUUGCUCAGACUGAUUUUACAACGAAGGAAAGGGCGAAAUCGGACUUCAUCUCGUCUAUCAGUCAUGAGCUUCGUUCGCCUUUGCACGGCGUUCUCGCCAGCACAGAGUUACUGCAGUCCACGCGCUUGCAGCCUGCUCAACAGGAUAUGAUAAGGAUGGUGGAGACAUGUGGUAUCACGCUACUCGACACUAUGAACUAUUUGCUUGACUUUGCGAAAAUCAACAAUCUGACGGCGGUCAACGCAAAAGGUAAAGCUCCGGAUUUGGCUACGACUUUCGACCUCGACAGCUUGAUCGAGGAAGUGACCAACUCUCUGUACGCUGGGCAUCGAUUUCCUAAAUCUGUCGACCAGGCUACAGGUCGCUUUCGACCCGGGAGUGUCGGAUCAUCCCAAGAAUCUGUUUCUGAAGCCAAGGCCCAAGAAAAGUUGUCAGUCGUCGUUCGCCUAGAAGAACAGGAUGCGUGGUGUGUUCGGUCAGUGUCGGGCGCAUGGAGACGCAUUGUCAUGAACCUGUUUGGCAAUGCGCUCAAGUUUACCAAGGCAGGAUUCAUCGAGAUGACCUUGUCAAGAUCCGACAUAGCUUCCGAUCCAAAGCACGUUCUUGCUCAUCUGUCAGUGACUGACACAGGGUGUGGGAUUUCUCCUGAUUUCCUGGAAAAUAGGAUCUUUACACCAUUUUCGCAAGAAGACAUUCUCUCGGAAGGUGUGGGCCUUGGCCUCAGCAUUGUACAGCAGCUUGUGACUUCCCUCGGUGGAUAUGUUGAAGUCAAGAGUGAAGUCGGAGUUGGAUCACAGUUCGACGUGUUUAUCCCCAUUCAGCGGCCCUGCGCAAGUAUGUCUACAGCCCAGGUUUCCGGGGACAAACAGCCUAAGAAGGUUUCUCUUGUCGGGUUCAACCCGUACGACGACCUAAAGAAGGGUCCAGCUGGCAUGUUGACAACAAAUGUCAAGCGGAAACUCGCGCUCCGACGGUCUCUCAGUAGCAUCAUCUUAACACAGCCCGGGUGGAUGGUGUCGUUUGCCGAUUCCCUAAGCAAUGCGUCGGGUGACAUGGCGAUCAUAGAGGAGGACAAACUUCGAGAAAUAGCCGCUAACGGGCCUAUUCGCACGGGGUUUGGUCAUAUAAUUAUUCUUGGUGAAUAUGGAACGCCUUUUGACAGCGACGAUAUUAUCAAGAAAGCGACCGUUGUCCAUGUUACUCAGCCCAUCGGACCACGGAAAAUUCUUGAAGCCCUGAAGAAAGCACGACCUUCUCCACAGGAGCAUGUCAGAGAAACUAAGCCCGCUAAGAUGUCCACCCUGGUCCACCAGUCAUCGAUGAAAAAGCAUCCAUUGUCGAACGUCUGGACUGCGAAGUCUUCUCCUUCUCCACCACCGCCGGAAAAGAAGGCAUCCCAAAACGAUCUCCAUGUUUUGAUAGUGGACGACAAUGAUAUCAACCUGAAGAUAUUGGAAACGUUCAUGCGCAAGCUUGGGACCAGCUACGAAAGCGCUACUAACGGACAGAUUGCCGUCGACAAAUAUCAACAGUCCGAACGUCGAUUCGACUACAUCUUAAUGGAUAUUUCCAUGCCCGUAAUGGACGGUAUUACUGCAUCCGCUAAGAUCCGCGAAUACGAACAAGAGAAAAGCUUUCCCCCAUCCGUUAUCAUGGCUGUAACAGGAGUUGCGUCGGCCGCGACACAGCAGCAAGCUUUUGAUGCCGGUAUCAAUGACUACUUGGUGAAACCGAUCUCACUUCACGAACUGAAACGAAUGAUGAAUAUCAAAUGA